AUGUGGCGACCGGUGUUGAUGGCUGCAGGCACGCUGGUGGCGACCGCCCUGCUCUUCGGUGUUCCAGUGUCAGCUGUUUCCUUUUCCGGGGACGAAGAUGGAGCUUUCACUACUGGACUAGGGAUGGCCAUGCGCGCAUACCGUCAGUGCGAAGAUUCGCAGGACGAGGUGGUGCGAUGCCUGAAACUGAGGGCGUGGAGGGCGCUGGAGCGGGCCGCCAGCUGGCCGAAGAUCCGGCUGAUGGACGGCGUCUGGCUGGUGCACGAGGGCGACGCGGGUGACCAGGCCGAAGGAGAGGGAGUGGCGGCGGGCGGCGGCUCCGGCCACGACGUGGCGCGCGGCGGCGGCGGCGGCGGCGGCGGCGGCGGUCCAGAGGGCGACGUGGACGAGCUGCUGCUGGCGUCCGCCGGCCACUUCCUCGGCUCGCACUCGCUGCAGAUCAGCGUGCCGCAGGCGCUCCGGGCGGCCAUCCGGGCGGCGGCGAACCUCACUGGCGACGACGGCGACCUCGCCAGAGGCGACAUCGACGAAGGAGGCGAUCAGCAGACCGAGGAAGGGAGGAGGAGAAAUGGCUACAACAGGAAGCGGUACAGCAGCUUCAUGUUGAUGGCGAUGCUGAUGAAGGGCGGCCUGCUGGCCAUCGCCUACAAGGGCGUGGCCAUCCUAGCCGCCAAGGCGCUCCUCGUGGCCAAGAUCGCGUUGGUCAUCUCCACGCUGGUGGCGCUCAAGAAGCUGGUGGCCGGCGGCGGCGACGAGAAGGUCACCUACGAGAUCGUCAAGACGCCGCACGUGUCGCACUCUUUCGCACACUCCGGCGGAUACGACCACCCGGGCCACUACGACAGGAGCACUGGAGGCAGCGGGCCCUAUCGACGCAGCGUCGACUUGCCGUACCACUCCUACCAGCCCAUUCCCUUGCACCAGCAAGAUGGUGCAGCUGCCGCAGCUUGA